GUGUGAGGUGGGCCACACUCAGCCAGCGAGGGGAAGUUGUCGGCUGUAGCUCCCAGCUAACAGACUAGCCCAGCCAGCAGCGGACGGAGAGCUGCCGGGAAGCGGCUGGUUUAGGAGUUUAUAUCUACAGUAAUAAUGAGUGAGUUCUGAAGGCUGUAUUUAGUGGAAGAGUGUGGCGGUGAGUUGGAGCGCUGACAGGUUGUGAGUAGUUAAAGCAGGAGCCGGCGGAGCUGCUAGCGUUUAUUGUUGCUAACUUGGAGGAGGAGGUGGCAGUGGUGGUCAUUGUUAUUGAGAGGAAUGUAGUUAGCUUUAGCUUGUAAAACAUGAACAUGAGAUACACAUUGUGUGUAGUUUCAGUUUAAAUUAAUGGUUUAAUAGAUGAUUAGGGCUUAUUCAGUCGUUUGAGAGAACUGUCUUAGUGUUUUAGCGUUGUUUUUACAGAUAGCUAGUGCUGGUGUUACGUGUAUUUAACUAAUGCUGUACGGGUGUGUCUCUAACUGCUCUAGAUGAACUAGUUCUUCAGCAUAGGUAGGUGAAUGUGUGGCAGAAUGCCUCCAAUUAUUUAACUAAGACAAAACAAUGUUUUUUGCUUGUUCUCAGUAACGUCAGUUAGCUAAGCUACAUUUUAAAGUUAAUUUUAGUGAACUUAAGGGAGUUCAGGUUCAGAUUUGGUCAAAUAGUUUUUAAUUUCUCUUCUUCUCUUGGAUAAAGUCGAACAAAACGCCAUGACAGCUGUUGUAGGACGUGUCUGGUCAUGGGUGAGUCCAGGGAACCUGUAUCGCCCCUGGGGCAGCAAGGCCAAAUCUGACAAAACCUUCACAAAUGAGGGCCAGCUGAAAAGCAGGUGGAGCCUAGGGGGGGUGACCUCCUGGGUUUGGGGUGGACAGAAGAAUCUAAGUGACCAAAUAACUCCAAUAGAGGAGUUCUGGGAUGCAGAGGAGAGGCACAAACCCCUAGAAAUUGAAGACUUAAGUGCAGCCGAAACAGAAACUGUGGCUCCACAGAAGCCUCCACGCUGGUGGAGCAGGAUGCUUCCCUCUGCCUAUUUCUUUUGGCCGAGAUCAUCCACAGGAUACUCCACAGUUGAUGGACUCAGGCAAAGGAAGUGUAUGGGUUGGAGUGAGGCCUCUGAAAAGGACUUCGAUACCAAAGAUGGAGAGCUGUCAGACUAUGGUACCCCUCCUCCAUCUCCUACACCACUUUCAAAAAAGCCAUCUCCGUUCCAGCUCCUCGCUCGCACAUGGACAGGAGACAUCCUCCCAGAGCACUACGAGAUCUGCUUCAAUUUCCUUCGUCACCUCUUUGACCUCUUUGUGGUUGGAUUCCUGUUGACGGUCUCCCACCCUACCAGGUUUAUUCUGGAUGUGCUGGGUGUCCAGGGUCCCCUGAAACUGUGGAUCCAUGGCAUGGCCAUGUUCCUGGUGUCUUCUGUGGGGAUGGCCGGCCUGCUGUGGUUGGUUCAGGAGUACCUGCCGCAGUUCGCUUUGGUUUAUGGCAUUGUUCAAGCCCUUGUCAUUUCUGUCAGUGUGGGACAGAGUGUGAUCCUGGGAACAGAGGAUGAUGAGGUAGAUGGAACCGAAGAAGAGGAGGAGGAGGAUGGGAAUGACGAUGGACAGAUUGGAACUAGAAAUAGUUCCAAGGAAUGAAUGUGCGUUGAGGAGAGUUCCAUUUGGGUUGUCUGAAAAAUGAGGAGUUUUGUGCCUACAUGUGACAUAGCUACAUACUGACCUUUUCAACAAAGUAAGGUAUUUGAGCGAGCCAAGUGAGACUAAGACUUCUAGAUGCCAAUAAGCAUCUGAAGAGGACAUUAACUUUACCAGCAAUUGUUACUCUACGUUUCUUUCAAACUUUCACUACAAAAACACCCUGAUCUACAAGGAGCUGUUCAGCAGUGCAGCUGGCCAGAAGACAGAUGAUUUGGAUAAUUCUCUAGCGUUUCUGCCGGUGAAACUAUGAAAAGCUACAAAUGGUAGUUGAAGAUGAACUCUGUAACAUGUACAGAGAAUACUCUUUAACAUAUAUAUCACACACAGUUACAUUGUGAGAGAUCAUGUCAUGACAUUUUCCACAUGAUGAUAUUCCCACAGAAUUGUCAGUGGGAAUCUACACACCUGCGCAUUUUAUUCUUUUAAAAGGACCAGAUGGGAUUUAGACUAUUAUGUCUAUUAUGUUUAAACAUGGAAUGGUAAAUCCAGAGGUUUUAGGUUUCCUAUCCUUUUAAUUCACCACUGUCUGACUCGAACCUUUUACUACACUCCAGUCACAGUAUUUGUAUUGCAAUGUACUUUUCCCCCAUUUGUGUCAAUAUCUCACAGCAAUCAUAUGUUGUGUGCUUUAUACCUGUAUUUACAGUGUAAGGCUGUUCACAGUGAAUCUUCUUAUAAAAGGGUACUUGGCAACUUUGAGGUCAAUAAGCCGUAGGGCUGAGCAGUACUGACAGAAACAGUAGCACAAUAUAUUUUUUUUUCAAAUAUCUGACAGAUAUACUGUAUCACACUAUUUGAUUUAGCAUUAAUAAAGUGAUCAACCUCAUGUUUUUGGAACGCUGCUGCCCUAGGCUACAAACCAGACUACAGAUAUAGCUAAUGGGGAGAAAGGAAGUGUACUGUUUAUUUAGGUUUUACCUAUUUUGAACAUUUCUCCCUUCUUGACGAAUCUGUAGCACACAGGAAGUGAGCAAAGGUUAGGUUCACACAGUGGGGUGAAGUGGCUCAAAUCUGAUUUUCUUAACAUAUUUAUGUAUUUUUAGGUGUUCACCCUAUUUUUGUUACGUGACAUAUCUCACAUACAUCUAACCAGUUCAUGCUCCCUUGCUGCUGCUGCUGUUAAUUUUCUUUUCUCUUUUGUAAAUGUUGACAAGAUUUCAAUAUGUAGGGGAUUUCAAUACCACAUAUGAAAGUGACCUGAAUCAGAAAAUUGAAAAUGUCAGAUUCAGUGUGUUUUACCAUUCACACUAAGCACCCUCCCCCAUAGCACCCCUGUAGUAUAUAUGAAAAAAGAUCAGAAUUGUGCUAGGCUGUGUGAACAUAUUCUAAUUUAUUGAUUAAUACCACCAAACCCAAAAAUCUAAUUGUUGCCUUUAUAAAUAAUUUGUAUUAACUGGUCUAGAUGAUAAGAUAAGGCCUAUUCAACUUGGCACUAAGAAAAGGCCUAUUCAACUUGGAAGUGUGCUCUCAUCGAUAUCUUAUUCUAGCAAUAGGUCAAAAACCACAUACUUAAUAUAUUUGAGAAUUUCCACAUAUUUAAAAUUAGUUCUUGUGCUCCUGCUGUCACUGGGUGACGGGUUCAGUCCCUGGUGAUGCCACAGCCGUCUGUGGCCAGAAGUCAAGGACAACAUAACUGGGUUGUGUGAUGCAAACCAGUGCAAGCUUUUGUUAGCUGACAUUUUUCAAGUGUGUUCAGAAAAUAUCAAAUUAUAUUGCAUUAGUGUCAGUUUAAAUACAUACUUGUGCAAGCACAUUCUAGCUUUCUAUGCUAUCUGCUUUGUGUGAAAAUAGUCAACGUCUGAUUUUUUCUGUAUAUGAGGAUAAUAUAUCGGUGGGUUAAAAUCUUAGCCGGAAUCUUUGGGUGCGUAGGAGGGAUACCUGCUGGACAGGGCUGGUAAUGAUUGUUAUUAAAUUGAAAAUUAGUUGAAAUCAUAUUGUAGAUGCUAGCCUUUAUAAGUAAUUAUUUCACAAUACUGAGUCAACAUUUUGAUAUACUGCCACCAGAAACAACAAAGGAUAGAAACCUAUGAGUUAUUAAACAAAGCUGGAGUCCCCGUCUAUCUUAAAGUAGGUGACAGUCUCCAAAAAUGUCUCUAAGCUUCUUUUUUUUUUUACUUUAAGCUUAGGUUAUCUGGCUAAAUUGAAAAAAGCUAAUGUUAAUAACCCCCCAAAUCUGGGAAUAGGCUUCAUAUAUAAGUCAAUUUAAGAGACAGUUUCCCAGACAUGAAUUAAGCCUAGUUGUAGAGUAUAUUUUCCUUUAGAUGGAAAAUCUCCAUUCACAAUGCUGCGUCGUCCAAGACUAUGCCUGAUUAAUACCUGUCUGGAUAACUGCCCCAAUAUGUGUAGGCCUACACCUGCGGUACAGAGCAGCCUGGCUUUGAAAUGUUACACCAUAUUGUAUGAAUCCGUUACUUUGCCGCCAAUAAUAUUGUUACAAAUCAAAGUGUUUCUGAUCUACAUUUCAUGUUUAACAUAUCUAUUCUUUGCAUUAUUUCUUAAAGGAUAAUAUUAGGGUUUGUGCACUUGUUUUUCUGUGCAAUGUUGAGAUGAACUGCAUGUCUUGUUCCAUUUAGACUCAGUUGUUUAAUCUCAUAUCAUGGCUGUUUGUAUCUAUUUUCUACCUUUCUGAGUUUGUUAUGUACACUGUUUUUGUCACUAUGUGCCUCCCAUUAUUCGUAAUGGAUAGACAAUAAGGGUUUGUCUUACAGACGCAUGUUUUGCACCACUAUGAACUUGUUUGUGGAUAAACACCACAAUGGCUUGGAUGUCCUGUCUUUACAAAAAGUGCUCUCUUUUCUUUGCUUAAAUUCGUAGCACACACCAUGCAUGAUUCAGUGUGAUGAUGUACUAGAACACUUCAGAGUAAAAGACCCUGCAUACACCUGGUAACUUCAUGCAUCUUGGAGUAUGUGGAUUACAUCUGGAUAAGGUCAAACCAUAUAAAAAUGUAAAAGUGUGAAAGCACUCAAGACAUAUUUCAACAAAAAUACAAAUCUAAUCAUGCAAACCAUUUCCGGAGGUGGUCUGAGACAUAUUUAAGCUGCAGUGUAAAAACAUCCAACAACCAAACCCCCUCCUGUUACAUGCUGCAUAACGAAAAAACUUUCUAUCCCACACAGCAAUCAAAUUAAGUCUGAUUUUAGGCUAACUAACCAGAAAUGCAUUGGACAACCAAAUGUAAAUGCUUCUAGGUGUGGCUAGAAUCUAAUAAAGAUAAAAUCCAGAUACUAUUUACAUGAAAUUACCAGGUAAAAACAGGAAUAAAGUCAUUUUUGAAAUUCUGUUAUCCUGUGUACCUCCAAUCUACAACUGUUCAAAACAAACAGUACACACCUAGCUAGCAUAGUUAAUUCCCAUUAGUAACUGUCAUUACUCACUGCACAAACACUGUUAAAUGAAAUGGAAGUGUAUAGAAAUGCUGUGUACACUUGGAAAGAGAGCUACGUCCUGUCUGAGAGUGAAUGAAGGAACACAUGAUGUGACAGAAAAUGAGCCUUCAAGCUGUCUGAGAACGUGAAGACCAACUUCUUUAAUGUUCACUGUCUGGCACUCUGAGCCUGAAAUAGUAUAGCUGAAAUAAAUCUUUUUUAUUUUUUCCUUCCUGGAACAUCUACGCA